UACAAAAGUUUUACAUGGAAACCCAGGGUGAAGUGCAUGCUUCAAAAUUGCUUCGAGCUCAAACCCAUGUUUGGAAUCACAUUUUCAGAUUCAUAAGCUCUCUGUCUCUUAAGUGUGGUAUUGAGUUGGGCAUAGCAGAUAUCAUACACAACUAUGGCCAACCUAUGCCACUCUCACAACUCAUUGCUUCAUUACCAAUCCACCCUUCCAAGACUUCCUUUAUCAGCCGUUUGAUGAGAAUUCUGACUCAUUCUGGUUUCUUCUCUGAACACCAUGGCACCCCAAAUGAGGGUGAAGUGAUGUAUGUGCUAACUGAUGCAUCUACAUUACUCCUAAAGGACCAUCCCUUUAGUAUGAGAUGUGUGCUGCAAUUAAUAUUUGAUCCAGUUAUGAUCAAUCCAUGGUUUCAAUUCUCUACCUGGUUCACAAAUGAAACCCCUUCACCGUUUCACAGUGAAAAUGGUAUGGGAUGUUGGGAUUUUGCUGGGCGUGAUCCUAAUUUCAAUCACCGUUUCAAUGAUAUGAUGGCUAUGGACAGUCGACUGGUUUCCACUGUGGUGAUUGAGAAGUAUAAGAGAUUGUUGGAGGGAACAGAAUCAUUGGUUGAUGUUGGAGGAGGAACAGGGACUAUGGCUAAGGUCAUUGUUGACUCCUUCCCACAGCUAAAGUGCAUUGUAUUUGAUCUGCCACAUGUUGUAGCAGGCUUGGAAGAAACUCAGAACAUAAAAUAUGUUGGAGGGGACAUGUUUGAAGCAAUUCCUCAUGCUGAUUCCAUCAUGUUGAAGUGGGUAUUGCAUGACUGGAAGGACGAGGAAUGUGUGAAAAUACUGAAAAAUUGCAAGGAGGCAAUGGCCAGCGAGGGAAGGGUUCUUAUCAUAGAUAUUGUGAUGGAGAAUAAGAAGGAAGACCAUGAAUUAACUGAGACGCAGUUUUUCUUUGAUAUGCAGAUGAUGAUGAUUCUAACUGGAAAAGAAAGAAAUGAGAAAGAGUGGGCCAGCCUAAUUUUGUCUGCUGGCUUCAGUAACUACAACUGUUUCAAACUAACUGAACUAGAGGUGGGUAUUGCAUGACUGGAAGGACGAGGAAUGUGUGAAAAUACUGAAAAAUUGCAAGGAGGCAAUGGCCAGCGAGGGAAGGGUUCUUAUCAUAGAUAUUGUGAUGGAGAAUAAGAAGGAAGACCAUGAAUUAACUGAGACGCAGUUUUUCUUUGAUAUGCAGAUGAUUAUGUUGUUCGGUGGGAAAGAAAGAUAUGAGAAACAGUGGGCCAACCUCAUUUUCUCUGCUGGUUUCAGUAACUACAAAAUUACUCCCACUCUGGGAUUAGUGUCUAUCAUUGAGGUUUAUACCUAGUGUGUUACUGCUGCAAAACGAGUUCAUGAGAAGAACUACUAUUUAUCUCUAUCAUAAAUUUCUUUAUUGUUUUCUUUCCGUUUGAGUUUAAUUUUCUGUUCUAUAUAUUGAUGGAACUUUCAAAAAGUAUUUACUACAUAUGUCAUGUGAAAUUCAUAUAUAAGAAAAUAAUAUUAUGUCCCAUCUAAAAGUUGAGAUAAUAAAUUUGUUAGAAUUUUUAUUUU